CUGGACUGGAAAGGAUACGGUAUCAACAUCAAUGGCGAGUACAUCACUCACCUUCGAUUUGCCGACGAUAUAGUCCUUAUGGCAGAAUCGCUGGAGGACCUAAGCACUAUGCUCAAUGACCUCAAUAGUGUUUCCCAACGGAUAGGUCUUAAGAUGAACAUGGACAAAACUAAGAUCAUGUUUAAUGUCCAUGUCACACCUAUGCCGGUAGUUGUUGGGAACACUAAGCUCGAAUUUGUUGACGAGUAUGUUUACCUGGGACAAAUAGUCCGACUGGGUAAGUCCAACUUCGACCGAGAGGUUAAUCGACGGAUUCAACUCGGCUGGGCAGCGUUCGGGAAGCUACGACACAUCUUCUCGUCAGACAUACCUCAAAACCUUAAAACGAAAUUGUACAACCAGUGCGUGUUGCCAGUGAUGACUUACGGAACUGAGACGUGGUCCUUCACUGCUGGCCGUAUGAGGAAGCUCAAAAUCGCUCAGCGAGCUAUGGAGAGGGCUAUGCUCGGAGUUUCUCUGCGUGAUAAACUUAGGAAUGAGGAUAUCCGCAGUAGAACCAGAGUGACCGACAUAGCCCAACGGAUUAGUAAGCUGAAGUGGCAGUGGGCCGGCCAUAUAGCUCGAAGAACCGACAACCGAUGGGGAAGAAAGGUUCUCGAGUGGCAGCCUCGUACCGGUAGGCGAAGUGUAGGGCGUCCCCCCACGAGAUGGAGUGACGACCUGGUAAGACAUGCAGGAAGUCGAUGGAUGCAGGUGGCUCAGGACCGUGUUUUGUGGCAUUCUUUGGGGGAGGCCUAUGUUCAGCAGUGGACUUGUGAAGGGCUGUAA